AUGCUUUCGAAGACAACUGUUGAUUGGAGGAAAGUGAAAACUCAUUCAAAGCUCGCUCAACAGAUCUCAUUCUCUGAACUAUCAGGUCUUAAUCAGGAGAUCACUCCGAUUAGCAGCAAAAUCCUGCAUGACUGGGGUCGUUUCGUUGACGAGGACUGCCUUGACUUUGAAAUAUAUCCCGUGACGGUCGAAAAGGGCCGUGGGUUGUUUAAUUGCUAUCGUACGCGCAGUGGAGAUAAUAUACCAGCGGAUUCAACGGACAUUAUUCCGCCUGGAGACUACGAUUUUGAUAUUCCAUCCAGUCCUUUCUCCAAUCCUUUCAAAAUUGUUUCCGGUGUACCAUCCUUCAAGGAAAGGAAGUACGACGCUGAACAGCCGAAUGCACGCUGGAUGGUGAGGGUCGAACCAGAGUAUAUGCCUCUUUUCGAGCUUAAUGACAUUAUCAUCAAUUCAGUAAUGCGUCGUGACCACGGUCAAUGUAUGAUAACUGGAGUUACCAAUGCAGAAGUAGUCACUGCUGCGUGGCUAGUUCCGCCACCCUUUGUGGAAGUGAUGAAACAGUUAGAAUAUGAAAGUGAAUACAAGGACCCCAAUCAGUUAUAUAUUCCAGGAAAUGCUAUAACAUUGCAAAAGGAUUUAGCCGAUGCGUUUUUUGAGAACGCCAUUGGCAUUGAUGUCAAUGACAACUAUCGCGUUGUGCUAUUCCGUGAUAUUGGUCCAAUAGGCGAACCAUUCAAGGGUGCCACAAAUAUCCGGCCCUAUUUCAAACAGCCCAUGAAUCGGGACCGGUUCAAGGGACCGGAUGAUAUUUUUCUUCGAGCGCAUUUCUUACACUGUCUGUAUGUCAAUUUAUACGGCGGGGACAUUACUCGACAAUACACACGGGAGGUAGUUGAUCGACAAAUGCAAAUUUUGAGGCUUGAUGGCGAGAGGCGUCCGCUUCCGCAUAACCAUCCCCUGUGGAAAAAAGAGCUGAGUCGGGUGAUAUACCAGUACUAUUAUGAUUCACCUUAUAAAUCCGACGAUGAUGCAGCAGACGAGGAUUCUUGGGAUAGCUCGGAUGAACCUAUCGAUGAAAUGGACGACGUUUCCAAUAUAGACGAAUAUGGAGAUGAUGUAAACGCGUAA